CUUCGGUGCGACAAUCACCAACUGCCACCGAGCUCACUUGCACGAUGCGCUCGCCUCCUCCUCGUGGACUUCACGCGCGCGGCCGUUGAACUCGAUGUCCACAUGGACCCCCUGCCGGUCCGAACGUGUCUUAUGACUGGACAUUUGGAGCGCCCCCCCCCCCGCCAAAAAGGGCUCCUCACCUGGGAAAGGCGCUCUAAAGACUCGCAAACACCCGAGGAGCCUUUCGAAUGGUGCCCGCGCACGGUCCCUUUUGUCACCGCAGCCCGGCGGCUGACGCACAAGUCGAAGCCUUUGGUGUCCUCAGCCUUGAGCGCUUGACUGGCUGGUGCGGGGGGGGAUUGGGGUAGGGGGCGGAGCCUCAGGCCUUAUAAAGCCCAGCCGCGCACCGGCAGCCUCAGCAGACGACGAGCAGAGCCGCAGCGCAGAAAACAAAGUGGCGGGGACAGAAAACUAAAAAUAGCCGCGCCAACCCGAAACUUAUUGAGAUGAUCAAGAAAAUGUCACCGCCCGACAGCGAGUUUGACAUCCCGGCCAAGAACUGCUACAGGAUGGUCAUUCUGGGCUCCACUAAGGUGGGCAAAACAUCCAUCGUGUCCCGCUUCCUGACGGGCCGCUUUGACGAGCAGUACACGCCGACCAUCGAAGAUUUCCACAGGAAGUUUUACAGCAUCCGAGGGGUCGUCUACCAGCUGGACAUACUGGACACGUCGGGCAAUCACCCGUUCCCGGCGAUGAGGAGACUGUCUAUACUGACAGGUGACGUCUUCAUCCUCGUCUUCAGCCUGGACAACAAGGACUCGUUCGUGGAGGUCCAGCGUCUGAAGCAGCAGAUCUUUGAGACCAAGUCCUGCCUGAAGAGCAAGACCAAGGAGAACGUGGACGUGCCGCUGGUCAUCUGCGGCAAUAAGCUGGACCGGGACUUCUACCGGGAGGUGCAGCGCGACGAAAUCGAGCAGCUGGUGGCCGGGGACCGCUCGUGCGCCUACUUCGAGAUCUCGGCCAAGAGAAACAGCAACGUGGACCUGAUGUUCCAGACGCUGUUCACCAUGGCCAAACUGCCCUACGAGAUGAGUCCGGACCUCCACCGGAAAGUCUCCGUGCAGUACUGCGACAUUCUGCACAGGAAAAACCUCAAGAGCAAAAAGAUCAAGGACGGCGACGCUUACGGGAUUGUAGCGCCUUUCGCCCGCCGCCCCAGCGUCCACAGCGACCUGAUGUACAUCCGCGAGAAGGCGAUCGGCGGCGGCCAGGCCAAGGACAAGGAGCGGUGUGUCAUCAGCUGAGCGCUCUAGCCGGGGGCCACCGAGGGCCUGACUACCGAACUGGCACGGAUGGACCGGGGCGGCCGUGGGGCACCGAGGACCUGCUCCACGGGAGCGCCCGCGCGUGCACGGCGGGCGCGCGCCCUGCCUGUCCCCCGAUCCCGAGCGGCGCUCCCGCCCGCUUUCAUUUUGGACUGAGGGGCGAGCGCAGGGGCGUCAGGAGGACGAGCUGUUUACAUUUGGACCUUUUUAGGAUGCUUGACGACGUCACGACGAAGCGCUGGACUGGCCGUGGCGACAGGAACAAAUUCUCUUGUUAAUAUUGUGCUUGUUAUUUAUUGUCACACGUCAACUGUUUGCUUUUUUAUUUAUUGUAAUAAAAGAUGUGAAAUCA